UCGGCAUGCCGCCCUUCGCACAAGAUCAGAUACUGGACUGUGAGAAGGAUUUCAUGGAGUUUCUUCUCACGCUUCCUGCCGAGCCGCUCACGACGUCGAAGUCUUUAGAACGGACGAGGAGGCACAGCAAAGGCACAAAGGCAAAGCCCAAGGUCGGUCUGGAUCACCUGGACAACCUAUGCAAGCUAAUGGAACAGCUUGGUGAUCUGAAGGAACAGAACCACAAACUUCAAAGGCGCGUCCAAUACUUGGAAGACAUGAAGGACCUGCAUGAUAUGCAGAGACUGCUGGAUCCUGACUACGGUCUCGAGGAGCGCCGGGCGUCGUAUCGUACCCCGAGUCCAGGAGGGAGCUCUGCCACGCGGACGCUCGGAGUGCUCGAGGAUGGCGUGCACAGGAGCAGGACGCAGGUCGCACUCCGCUCCAGAGACGGCUGCCGAUCGCGAGAAAGAAGCAAAUCUGUUGGGACCCAAGAUGACUUCACCGACUCUAGGAGCAUAAAGAGCAAGCGGUUCCCUAACUGGUCCCGAGUUAAAGAAGCCUUGGGCCUCGAACGGUCAGCGACCGAAUGCGAAGGCACUUCCAAAGGAGCCCUCGCAUGCACGAGUGCCUCGGACGGGGGUUCGUUUCAGGACGAAGCUCUCGCCGUCCCUGUCACUGACGGAUGGCCUGCAGCCUGGGAUGCUGGUAGCCCCGAUCUCCCGCCGCAGUCGUGCUCUUGGUCGGAAGAAAGUUUUCCUGGCAGGAUGCAGGGAGAAGUCUUCAGACCAGGUAGCACGGCUCAUGCAACUCUGCGACCAGGGGAACCUGUGCGCCGCAAGUCUUCUCCAACCUCGCCAAGCUGCGUGAGAGACGCGUGCAAGAAGACAGUGUUGGACUCCAAGUGCCACUGUCAUUUAGACUCAGACUCAUUGUACCCGGAUGUUGGCGAUUCGUACGGUUCAAGAGAACUAUGCAAGAAAGUUCCCAAAAGCGCAUGGGGUAGGGUGAAGAACCUGAUCCAGACAGGACGUGAGACCGUCAAGAGGCAGCAGCCUUCGAGAAAUGCCAAACCUGGCUCUUCCCAGACGCCAACACGGGCCGACUUGAGAGUCGACUCGGACCCUACCAACUGUGGCGUUCCCAGCGAUCCAGAAGAGAGUUUGGCAUCACGCAGAAGAGAAGUCCGUAGGCGUAAGGCCUCCGACCAGCUGGGCUCCUCUUCAAGGAAUUCAAGAACUUCAGAUGAUCUGCAGUUCUUGCCGAAGGAACAUUCAAAGUCACAGAGUCAUAUACAAAGUGUAGCAAAUCAGCUUGAUGUUGAAUGCGAGACUAACCAAAAGUCAAGGCUUCAGCAACAAGUUUCAUGCCCGUCCGAGCACGAGGUAUCAAAGCUCACCCUAGCUGCUUCGGAGCGGAGCAAUGCGCCCUCUCCACAAUCACCGCAGUCGCAGCGGAAGUCUCGGUGGAACCGCGUAAAAAAGGUCUUUUCAGGAGCUACACAGGACAAAAAGGAAGAGGAGCCACCCGGCGCUUCUAACCCGUCUAGCCCCUUGUCUACAACAUUGGUCUUCGAUUUCGACGACUUAGGCGCAUGCGAAGGCGAACGAUCAGCUCCUCGGCGCUCCGAAGAUGCUGCCGAGGCGCUGUCCAGCAAUCCGACUUCAUUGUGUCAUUCGUCUACGGCACCAGUAUCAAGCCUGGUUCAAGAGCUUCAACGAAACCUUAGCGAGGACUUCAACCAGAAGAUAUUGGAAUGGGAAAGAAUGAAAGCUGCCAAGUCCGGCAGAAGUCCAAGGCCUAUCCGCAAAUCCUCGGUGCCACAUCGUACUACUGUGGUCGCAAACAAAGGCACGCGAGAUAAAACCAAAGCGCCGCGUCCCGACAAGAAGAAGGACCUGACCUGGGUGAACCGCGAGUUGCAAAAAAUGGAACGUGAAAAGGAGCGCCUGUCUCGAGAAACACACAAGUUUCAAGAACGCUCAGUGCGCUUGCACAGGCUUCGACAGGCGCUCCUGAAUGCACCGGCGAGCAGCAAUGAGGUGCUUGUGCGAACUUCCGCUGGAGAAUUUCGAUUCGAAGGGAUUUCUAACGCUUUCACCAAAAAAUUGUACGAGUGGGAAACCAAAAAGGGUGUCGUUCCGGAGUUCUCCACCAUAGCAUUACUGGACGCCAGUCUGCAGACAACGGGCCGGAAUGGGGACAAAGCGGCGCCUGGGAAUGUUCGCGUCCUGUCCAGAUCAGAGUCAAGCGUGGUCGAGCCCAGCAACACACUGCAGUCACGAGCUUCAACGAGCUCUUUGCCUUCAAUGAAGCCUGAUACUCUCUUGGUACCCGAAGACAAAAAGGAGGUCUCCCGCUCUCGAGCUAACUCUGAACCGGACUUAUGCAGCUCUGGCAACAAAAAUGGCUGUGCCGCGUCCAGGCCCCGGACUGUCAGUGUUGGAUCUGCCGAGACGGGUUUUGCACAUCCCGAAGUGACGUGGCUUAUCGACAGUGGUUCCGGAGAAAUUGACGAUCAAUUCGACCCAAAGCCAUGCCAGGAGGCUAGUGAAACGAAGCACGCGGAGGAGAGUUACUAUACGCUCCUGGAAGAGAACAUGCUUCUGUUGGAACAGUUAAGAGCCAAAGAAAACGUCUGCGCACGCCUGGAAGCCAACCUCGAGCGGCUUGAUGAGCGUCUGGAAUUCAUGUCAUCUAGGCAUAGGGAAGAAAUUGAACGCUACCGGGAGAGCCUUUGGAAUGCACACCGGCCGGCAGGUGUGCAAAGGGGCUCCCUCGCAUCCCUAAAGGCUGCCGCAGACUUCCGCUACCGGUUGGAGGACCUCGAGAGGUGCAACUUCCGCCUCCAAGAAGAGCGCAGAGCAUUGCAGGAAACCAUCCGCUCGCACAGCCAGGAGCAGGCGUCUUUAAUCUGGGACAUUGUCGACAAGGUCAAAGAACUUCAGGCUCUGAAUACUGAUAUCCACAGUAGUGACGUUGAUGUGAAAGUGGCAAUGGCUCUGUCUCGAAGUGUCACACCAUGUGAAAGAUGUCCGACUGAAUCACGAGAAACGCAUGGUUUGGAAACGCUGGUCGGGGAACUGUGGAUCCGAAAAAGGGCGCCGUAUACAUGCAAUGCGACUGAUCCAUUUUCCUGCCGGAGGACGUCUUUGAUGCGGCUCGAUGCAGACGGCUUGGCGCGCAUUCAACAGCUCUCCGAGCAGCUCCUGCAGUCGGUAUGCACGCUCUUCUUUCCGAGCAUGCCGGGAACGCGCGCGGAAUGCGUCGGCGCUCCCCCACACCGCUGGCCGCCGGUAUCCGUCUCCCCGCUGUGGUGGGAGAAAACAGCCGUCACGUGGCGGCGAGCAGCUUUAUUAUACCGGCUGACAGACCGGCCCCUGGCUGGGCCAGCUUAUGCAGUGCUGGACUGCUGCAAGGCGCAGCUCCUGGAAGCCGCUGUGGCGGAACGCACGAACCAGGUGUGUCAGCUUCGCAGGGAACUUCUCAUGUGUGAGCUGGCCUCCGCCGGCCGUGGCGCCAUCAAGCCUUCCAGGUCACUGCGAACCCUGCGCUCCGCCAGCGACGGAGUACUCGGCGCUGUUCGGAGCCUGCACUCUGACGAGGGCGUGAGCAAAAGCGGACUCCGCAUAAGCACCACGUCGCCAGCUGUGGAACGAGGUCCUGGACCGUCAGUGCAGCUCAUGGAGACCGUGCACAAGCUGCGCUCCGAACUGCUGCGCCUGUUCGCGUUUCAUGGAAGCAGCUUGGCACUAGGCGAGGAUCCCACCGAAGAGGCUGCUCCACAGGGCCCCUCAGUGAAUCAGGUGCCAGACACAGCCGACCUGAGCCGUCGCCCGAACGGUUUUCGAGAGAAUGCUCGCCACUCGCUGGCCUCGUCGUCAGAGAGCCCAUCACACAGGUCGGCUCCUGAGGCGCUGGCCUCAGGCCACGACGGCAGCGAGAGUUCCAGCAUCAACGACAGCGAGCACGUGGCCCUGGGCCUGCGGCUGCCGCGCAGCUGCUGGGCCCGAGCGCGAGACACGCUGUCCACGUCGUCGGACAGCUCGUGCUUGGAAGACGACUCCUUUACGCGGAUGGCUCUGAGCAGUGGCGGAGCCAGGCGACUGGGCGAGUCGCAUGACUGGCGCGGCCUCGAGAGAGACCAUGGUCGUCGCGUGAGCUAUUGCGGCGACUACGAGGAUGACGUGUUCAACGAUCCCUCGUCGACCUCUAGCCUCGAGGUCACGUACAACCUCGCUUGGAAGAGCCGUCAUCAGCAUGACCCAAGUGCUGCACAUAGACACACAUCUAACACGACAGAUGCGCCAGCCCGUCUCAGUCAGGACCUAACAUUUUCGUUCCCCCUACAAAAAGCGCGUUCGGAUUCGCCCACAAGCUGCAACGCCAGAAAUGAAACGGCUGAUCUUUGCACAAAAGAAGGACGUCUUAGCAACAGCCCACACCGCAUUUCAUUCAGUCUGAGUGAUAAUGAUCAUGCAAAGACAGACCGAGCUGCACUGUCUGACGUAACAGAAAGGAACUACGAAUCUACGUGUAAGUCGAAAGCAGAGAGGCGUUUUAGAAAAGAAUGUUCAUUGACGGAUCAUAAGCAUGACCAAUCAGACUUGUGGAUUUCCCAGGAACCUUGUCACUCUGAAGCUCAAAGAAGCCACAAGCCCUCAGAGAGCACAUCUUCAAGUCUACAGAGCCGGUCACGGGAUGCUUGCCACAAAGGUUCGCUAACGUCAAGCAGGCAUGGACAGAGUUCUUAUUACAUUCCACAUACAUCGAUGAUGGUCCCUGUGGCGAUGCCGCAGAGCGCAAAAGAGCUUGCUUCAUCGAAUCAAGAAGUCACUGCUUUUCCUUUUGCAGCCGGCAGCCCGCCCUCCCCUCGUUACAACAUAGCAGCUGGUAACGUAGAUGCGCUUUUAGAACAGAGCCAGAAACUGGAAUUUUCCCAUGAAGACCCGACGACGCAGCAUCCGAAGUCCAGACAAGAGCCUACAGAGAAAAGUUUUCUUUCACUUAGGUUACGUCGUCCAAAGAAAAAAGACUAUUCGGCCAUUGGGCAACUCUGCCGACAGACCUUGCCCCUCUCUAUUAGUGACGAAACUGAAUCUCCUCCGGAAACACUGAAUUCAAUGUCGGAGAGGUCUGCGUCGCCAGUUACGGCAAGGUCGCGUUCAUUCAGUCGAACGAAGUGGCUGCCUCUUUUCGUAACCAAAUCAUAAAUUUAGCACUGAAUCCAGGACCACUAAUGCCGGUGGUGUGUAUGCCACAUUUAUUGGGUCCUUUCAGUGCUUAUGAGAAUUUUUAUGGACUUGAAUGCCAUACGAUCCAAGCGCCGUUCCUGGAGCAAUGCCGCUGGACUAUGAACAUUUACAACGGCCUUUCGGGCUAGAUGCCGCAUUGUUUACCUGAUCGAGAAAAAAACAGAAAACACGUUACAGAGGAUAUAUUUAAAGCUACACAAUGUUUUGUCCAAAGUCACGCUUGCCCCCACCUCCCACCAUAAAAAAAACAAAGAAAACGUGUAAAUCCCUUCUUUUCACAUCGCUUCGUUCCUGUACACAUUCUUUUUCUCAUUGCACAUAGUCGCUCGUUACGCCGAGAGUAAAGGUGCAUGUAAUAGA